AUGUCCGAGACUGUCUUCGUCGCUGGCAUCACAGGCUGCCAGGGCGGCGCUGUAGCCCACCACGCUCUGAAGAAGGGCUGGACCGUUCAUGGCCUGGCUCGCAACGUCGAUGCCCCAGCUGCCAAGGCUUUGGUGGACCAAGGAGUGCGGCUCUUCCCCGGCGAUUACGACAACACGGCCGCCCUGGAAGAGGCCAUGACCGGCUGCACGGCCGUCUUCAUCGCCCUUGUGCCCCAGUUCCGCGACCUGCCCGCCGAAGUCCGCUGGACAAAGUCGAUUUUGUCCAUUGCGAAGGCUGCCGGCGUGCAGACGGCUGUCGCGUCGACGGGCGUGGGCUCAGGGCAUCCUGAACGCCAACCUGGGUGGAAGGAGAACUCCGUCUUUGCCCGGGUCAUGCUGUCCAAGAAAGACAUCGAAGAGGCCGUCGAGGCGGCCGGCUUGCCCAACUGGACCAUCCUGCGCCCCGGCUUCUUUAUGGCCAACUUUAUGGUGCCCAAGGUCGCCAUGUACCCUGGCUUCCGCGAGACUGGUGUCUGGACCACUGCGUUGCUCGCCACAUCCCGUCUGCCGCUGGUCGACGACUUGGAUAUUGGUGCUUUUGCUGUCGCUGCCGUAGCUGAACCUAGCAAGUUUGGCGGCAAAAAGAUCGAAAUUGGCUUCGAUGUGCGAACACCCGCUGAGAUUGUCCAGGUUUUGUCUGCUGCCACAGGCCGGCCGCUGGAGGCGGCGUUCUUGGAAGGCGAGGCACUUGAGGCAGCCAAGGCGUCCAAUCCGUUGAUUGACGGCUACUUUGCCAUGCGCAGCAUGAUUGAUCUCGUUGAUAUCGAUGCUGUCAAGGCCUAUGGCAUCCCCAUGGGCUCGUUUGACGCGUAUGUGCAGCGUCGUAUCGAAGACGUCAAAACGACGUUUCUGUGA